AACAAAAAAGAGCAACAGUGGUUGACUUUUUAGACCUCAGUUGAGGGAGGUUCUUAACAUCUCUCUCUCCCUAUCCACUCUCUCACUCCCUCUUGGCCUAGAGGAUAAGCAAAGAGGGAUUUGCCUCAGAAGCAACAAGCGUGUGUCAGGAUGUACAGCUUUAUGGGUGGUGGCCUGUUCUGUGCCAUUGUGGGGAACAUCCUAUUAGUGGUCUCCACGGCAACAGACUAUUGGAUGCAGUACCGCCUCUCUGGCAGCUAUGCCCACCAGGGCCUGUGGAGGUACUGCAUGGCCAACAAGUGCUACAUGCAGACAGCAAGCAUAGGUUCUCCAAAGUUGAACCACUUGCCUCAUAAGACGGCAUCUGAGAUUACAGGAGCUGUACUCUGGCUCGUUCAAGCAUACUGGAAUGCCACACGGGCAUUCAUGAUCCUAUCAGGAAUGGCAUGCUUUGCUGGCAUCAUGGCAGGCAUCCUCUCAUUUGCUCAUUUUUCGGCCUUUGAGAGGUUCAGUCGUUCCUUUGCUGCAAGCAUCAUGUUUUUCAUUUCCACUCUAUUUGUGCUGCUGGCUAUGGCGAUAUACACUGGCGUAACCCUAAGCUUCCUUGGCAAACGUUUCGGAGACUGGCGCUUUUCCUGGUCCUACAUACUGGGCUGGGUGGCCAUGCUCAUGACCUUUUUUGCAGGGAUAUUCUACAUGUGUGCCCACAGAAUGUAUGAAUCAAGGAGGGUGGUUGGAAAUCGCUAAACUGUUCAGACAGAAAAGCUUCUUGGCAAUCAUCAGGACCUGUUCAUAUGAGGAAAUAUAAUAUCCAAUUAUUUCAACAUAUCUUCAUGUCUUAACACACUAACCUGCAAAAAUACAGUGAAACAUGAAUAUUUCGAUAGUUUAAGAACAGUUUUUAAAGACUUUUUACACAUGCAAAUAUAUUUGUAUAAUUCUGCACAGAUAAAUAUGCCAGUCUCCACAAUGUUUAUUUCACUUUUCAUAAUUUUUUCAAUAAAAUUCCAC